CUGGCUUUUAAACCCAAUUAUUUGUUACGGUGUCCGGUUGGAAACAGCGAUGGAAAAUGAAUGAAAACGGAAACUGCUAAGAACACACAUGCCCAAUGUGUCGUGUCAUUAAUUUGUUAAUUUUGCACUAUGAACAUCUCUCAUCCAUAUCUCAAUAUGCACGGAACGACCACAACUUCGAGGGCUUGUAAAUGUCGAAUGACCGCCCGUGGUUUAUUGUUAUGUUUUUUUACACUGAUUGUUGUGUGUUUCCUGUUCCUUUUAUUUGAAUCAUCUAUUUUAUUUUAUACUCUUAACGCAAUAUCAAAAACAAGACAGUCAGACACGACAAAUGUAUCAAAUCAUGCGUUUUACUUCAACUUUACAAACUCAACCGUAUUUAAAGCAAUCGGACCGUUCCAAUUAUCAACUACCGCGAACAGUGACUUACGAUUCGAAAAGAAGCAAAAUGUUCGUUUCGACCUUGAAGCGGAUAUACUUAAAACAACCAUAGCUUCCAGCCAGCCACAUCUGCCACUUAAUGUAACCACUUACAAAAAAGAUGCAUUUGUUGAUCUGAAUUUAACACGAACCGAAUCAACCACUAAUGGCACGACACGUAAUUCCACAGAGCGCCAGAGUGAAUGCAAUAAUUGUUUUAAACAUGAUUUUGAAUAUGUUAUUCAGAACGACCACAUCUGCGACACAUUGGACACAAGCGAACACUUAGAUCUUCUGAUAUUCGUUACCACUGUGCAUCAUAAUGUCUUAAAUCGACAGACGAUACGGCGGACGUGGUUGUCAUACACUAAUAACAAUACUGCAAAUGCAAGGCACGUUUUCCUGUUAGGAAAAACAGCAGAAAACAGUUUACAAGAAUCUGUGAUGAGGGAAAAUGAAAUAUAUCACGAUAUCGUUCAGGAGACCUUUAUAGACAGUUACAAUAAUCUAACAUAUAAAACCAUCAUGGGAUUUAAAUGGGCCGCCACAAAAUGUUCUAAUGUAAAAUUUGUUAUGAAAACAGAUGACGACAUGUGGGUCAAUGUUCCUUCGAUAAUAAAAAUGUUGUCGGGAACCGGUAUGGCAAACUAUUUACAAACAGGGCUGACCGGCUAUUGUCACCAAAAAGCAUCACCGAUCAGAGAUACACGUUCUAAAUGGUACGCCUCCUUCAGUUCUUAUCCGGAGGAGUUUUUUCCAGGCUUUUGUUCAGGGACUGGAUACAUGACCAGCAUUAAAGUAGUGUCUGAUAUUUACCAUGUUUCUCCGCAAGUGCCUUUCUUCCAUUUGGAAGACGUCUACGUUUCAUUGUGCGUUCGGCGACUCGGAUAUUUGUUAAAACAAACUUCAGGUUUCCUCGCAGGGCCCAGCAAUAUAUGUGAUUACAAAAAGGAUAACGUCUUAACAGUUCAUCAAGUUACACCUUCGAAGUUGAUUGAGAUAUGGAAACAGGUUUGCAAUCCUGCUUGAUUGUUAACCCUUAUGAGUCAAAAACAGCAAAAAUGUGCAUAAAUAUCGUUAUAAAAUCACUGUAGUUUUUUACGUAUGUGCUAUUCAGAAAACUGAAGUGAGGAAUAAGUUUGAACAUACUUUUUCUACGAUAAUAAGUAGAAAUUGCUCUAAAAAAUGGAUGAAUAUGAUUCUUAUUUUUGAAGUGUUCUGUAACUUGAUUAACCCAUACACUCUUCAUGAAAUAUUAUUUCUAAAGCAAUAUUUUAAAUAUUGUUCCCAUGUAUUUGAAAAUGAGCUGCAUAUACUUGUUCUGUCAUGGAGUAGUGGAAGGCGUGUCCGUCUAUCCACCGGAGGAUCAUAGCUUUGAUCCCAAUUGUGGGAUUUUCCUUCGAUACCCUACCAAAAAUACACAAAUCACUGGUUAUACACGGCAACCGGUCUCGAGAACAUUUUAAUCAGUCUUAGACUUGUGAUUCACUUGCGCUAUAAUAAAUUAGUUUAAAAUGAAUAUGACUUUUAAAUGGUUAAUCACCCACGUGAAACCAUUUCAUCUACUUACUGGUUAUUAUAAACAAUUUGAAUACAAUUAUAUUUUUAAAAACCUGUUUUUAAUGUAACCAUAUUUUAUAAUUUUUGCAUGAUGUGGAUUUUUAGUAAUAUUUUAAGGUAAAAGUGUGAGUUUUGUUUGAUGAAUUUAUAGUUUAGUUUAUUUUUACUUUAAUUACGUAUAUUCACAGUCAAUACCAUUUGUUUGAUGGAUAAUGUUGACAAUUUAUAACUCGAUUGUUUUUAUAAAUUUUUUAAUUUAAGCAUAACAGCUUAGUACAACAAUAAUAAUAUACGUGUUCUUCCACGUUCUACAUACCGUUAAAACGUCUGUACCAAAAGUAACAGUUACACAACAGCAAAUAUAUUGAGGUAAACCACAAGUGAAAAGGUGAAAGUAAACGUGUUAAUAAGGUGGAUUUGUUAGCAGUGUCAUUAUUGCUAAUUGUUUAACAUGAAACUUGUGUCAUUUUGUUUUGAAAAUCUAUAUUCAUAACUCACUGGUAUUGCUGACUACACUUAACCCGACGCACACAUAAGAAUAAGACAUUUCACCAGUGGGUCUAUAAAUACAUGAUAUAA